GUGGGACGCUAUGUCUACAAACAGUUGUAGCUUCAAGGACCGAUGCGUGUCCAUCCUGUGUUGCAAAUUCUGUAAACAAGUGCUCAGCUCUAGGGGCAUGAAGGCUGUUUUGCUGGCUGAUACUGACAUAGACCUUUUCUCUACAGACAUCCCUCCUACCAAUGCAGUGGACUUCAUUGGACGAUGCUAUUUCACCGAAAUCUGCAAAUGUAAACUUAAGGACAUCGCGUGUUUAAAAUGUGGGAACAUUGUAGGUUAUCAUGUGAUUGUUCCAUGUAAUUCCUGCCUUCUUUCCUGCAACAACGGACACUUCUGGAUGUUUCACAGCCAGGCAGUUUAUGGUAUAAACAGACUUGACUCCACUGGUGUAAACUUCCUGCUUUGGGGCAAUUUGCCAGAGAUAGAAGAGAGUACAGAUGAAGAUGUGUUAGAUAUCUCAGCAGAGGAGUGUAUUCGAUGA